UGUGACUUUCCAGUCCUUCCUUCGUGCCAAACGUUGAGCGAGCCGGAAGGGUCGCCGAAAGAUCCUUCAUUGGAAUGAGCGAAACCGACAUGCAUCCAAGCCACACAUCGAAGAUCCCACAGCACUCGUAUCCAAAGGUAGAUUGUUAGUUAGUUACUUAAAAGAGCAACAACAACCACAAUGACGAGCAAAGGAGGAGAUCCCCACCAACAACUUUCCGAGUACGAAUUGCAGCGAUUGGAACGCAUCAAGAAGAAUGAAGCCUACCUGGAAUCCUUGGGUCUCAAAUCGGCCAAGCAAAAGAUGCUGGAAAUGACGAAACGUACCCAAAAGAAUCAACGUCGUACCACCAAAAAGAUUGUGAUCCAACCGGGACAAGAGCGUCGCAGCAAUCGCCACAACAAGGUUACCAACGACAACAACAAACUUUUGAUGUUGAGCUACCGUGGAGAGACCGAUCGUGAUUUGCGAGCGAUUGAUCAAAACGAUUCCGACGUGUCCAGCGGUAAUAGUAGCGAGGACGAGGAUGUGAUUCCUCCCAGUCGUCGUCGGCUACCAGCCGCCGUGGUGUCUCUGACGGAAGACGAGAAGAAAGUCCUGGCCGCCAACCAAAUGGAUGAGAACUAUUUGACCAAAUUCAAGGAAUUCCUCAUCUACCACAACAAGAUUAGCGAUCAAAACGUCCGCAAUGUCAUGCGGCAAGUCACCAAGUUGGCCACGGGCGAGGGAGUCCACUACGAUUCGGCACGGUUUGGUUGGAAACCCCAUCAAAUCUUUUACAAGGGUAUCAAGGUCACGCCUCUUUCGGAUUUUCCACACAUUAUGCAAUUGGCACAAGAAGCCGAAGACAAGUGGGGUCGCGAUCAUGGCAAUGGUUGGUUGCUCUCCCAUCCACUCAAGAAAAUGCUGCUGUUUCAACAAUUCUGUCUCCAAAAUCCAGAUUUCUUGGCGGCCAAGUGCAAGCUGAAGGAGUAUUACGAAAUCCAGAACAACGAUAAUCAAGCCGAGGAAGUAGAAGAUACAAUGGAAGAAGUAGUCACUACUACUACAGCUGUUGUUAGCUCCAGUGGUAGUGAGGAUGGUGACGAAGAGAAGGACGGGGGAAAUCCAGAGCCUGCCGUUGUGACACCUCCACCAAAAAAGACGACAACUAGCAAGAAGAGGAAGAGCACCACCACGGCUACCACUGCCAACAACAACAAAAAGACCAAACACGACAAACACGUAGGAUGCUGCGUGGCAAAGUUCUUUGGCGAGGAGCUCUUCUUUGGAACGGUAAAAAGUUACGAUGAAGGAGCUCGUUGGUGGUCGAUUGAAUAUGACGACGGCGACACGGAAGAAAUGAACGACAAGGAAGUGAAGAAAGCUUUAAAACUGUUCCAGGAAAACAAACAAAAGAGGAGCUAGGAGGCAGAGAUCUCCAACUACAGCAAUGAAGGCUGUUGUCCACUCGAGUGGCGGUAUCUUGUGUUGAUUUGUACCAUUCGAGUGUAAAAACUAAUGAACUACCUAGACUUUAGCUUUUAGUAUU